CCGAGGCGCCGGCGGGCAGAAAAGCGUGGCCAUGCAGUGCCCCGGAAACUCGAGCGCGCCCAACCCGCCGGCCCUUGUGUCCGUUAUCCUUCCCGUCCACAAUGCUGAAGAGUGGUUGGAUGAAUGUUUGAAGUCUGUCUUGCAGCAGGACUUUGAAGGCUCCAUGGAGCUCUCUGUUUUUGAUGAUGCUAGUAAGGACAAGUCUAUGACUAUCAUUGAAAGAUGGAAAGGAAAGCUGGAAAGUGCUGGCAUCUCUGUAGUCAUUGGAGGUCAUGAUUCACCUUUUCCCCGAGGAGUUGGAUAUUCUAAAAAUAAAGCAGUUGCACAGAGCUCAGGAUCUUACCUUUGCUUUUUGGAUUCAGAUGAUGUGAUGAUGCCACAGAGAGUGAGGCUGCAACAUCAGGCUGCUGAGCAGCACCCAACCAGCAUCAUAGGGUGCCAAGUGAGAAGGGAUCCCCCGGACUCCACUGCACGAUACACACGUUGGAUCAACCAGCUGGUGCCAGACCAGCUCCUGACACAGGUGUUCACCUCACACGGCCCCACCGUGAUCAUGCCCACCUGGUUCUGCUCCCGGGCUUGGUUUUCCCACGUAGGCCUGUUUGACGAGGGAGGGCAGGGAGUGCCAGAGGACCUGCUUUUCUUCUACGAGCACCUCAGGAAAGGUGGCGGGGUGGUGCGGGUGGACCAGAGCCUGCUGAUCUACCGCUACCAUCUGCAUGCAGCCACUCACUCUGUCCUCGAGACAACCAUCUGGACCCACCGCGUCCGCUUCCUGGAGGAACAGGCUCUGCCUCACUGGGCAGCCUUUACCAUCUGGAACGCCGGCAAGCAGGGCCGCAGGCUGUACCGCAGCCUGACUACUGCCAGCCAACGCAAGGUGGUCGCCUUCUGCGAUAUUGAUGAGAACAAGAUCAAGAAAGGCUUCUACUGCCAUGAGGAUGCCCAGGAAAGGCCCAAGCCACGGAUUCCCAUCCUGCACUUCCGUGCUGCCCAGCCACCCUUUGUCAUCUGCGUGAAGCUGGACCUCACAGGGGGCGAGUUUGAGGACAACCUGCGGUCACUGCAACUGCGUGAGGGCCAGGACUUUCUUCACUUCAGCUGAGCUCCAUGGAUACAUGACUGAGCCUUUUCAGACCACCACAUGCAGGAGCAGCCCCAGGGCUCUGUCCCCAGCACACCUUGGGAUGCCCUCAGACGUGACUCCUGGAUCUUACUCAUGCUUGAGUAUUUUAUAAUCAGCAACAAAACUUUAUAAGCCAUUUGUUCUAACGAGUUUGUGGUAUCAGAGUUUGGGUUCUAUAUUCUAGGCAGGUCCACUGGCCAAGUUUCUCAUUAACAUAUCCUCCUUGUUGUACACCCAACAGUCCGGCUACUGUGGUAUGUGCUAGGUGGCUGCUAGGUCUCAGUGUGGCAGCGGCACCCUGGGAGCCCAUCACCUUCCUGUCCUCCGCAGCCCUUCUUGCUGCACCCAUCGAGGGCAGGGCCUGGGCUGCUUCUCUGGGCAGCAGCUCCCCAGCAUCCACACCAUGGCUCCAGGUGUGCGCCUGUGAGCACGCCUAAGGAGCAGCUGCUCAACUGGAAGCCUCGUCCACUCAAGACUCAGCGGCUCAGUAUUCUUAUUUCUCAGGUCUAUUUCUGCAGCGUCUGCUACUUUUCCUUGCCGUCCUUUAGUAGGGGGUUGCUUCUGACUCCUCCAUACUGCAGAGCUCUCCUUAUGGCACCCACAGCAUAGCCACAGCCUCACACAGCACACAGGACAGAGAGCCACAUCAUGACUUCUCGGGAUGAAGUGCUUCCUGCUGCUGCUCUCCAUGUUAUGGACUCUCUAUGCUUUGUUUAGGUGGUCACACUCCAGCUCCUGCACUGUGCACCCCUCCUUCCGAGUCCAUUCCACACAUCCCAUCUGCCUGCCCAGUGCCUUCCCACAAGAGCAGGGUUCUCAGCUGGGAGUAGUGUCCCAGGAGAUGUUGGUCACAUCUGGAGAUGCCUCUAGUAUCACGUCAGAGCAGGCAGCCAGGAUGCUGCUGAACACAACUCUGCCUUUAAUCCACAAGUGCCGAGACCAAGAACAUGGCAGUGUGUCAGGAGGGCUACUCUGCUAGCUGACUGGUAUGAUUCCUUAGAAACCCCACACAGCUCCUGCUCCCCACUGUCAGCCUCUCCAGUCCAGCCCUUUGCUGCUGACACCUGGCAUGCACCUCACGUCCCAUGGGCCCAGAGUACAUGGACAUGUGGAGCCCCACUGUCCUCCCCAGUUCUGCUGACCUCUGCCUGUCCAACUGGCUGUCCAGCCCUCAUUACCCUUAUCUUUUAAAAAAAAUGACAAUUUCUGCCCUUCAACAUUUCAAAAUCCUGUGCUGUUAAGCCUGCAGGAACAGUCCCUCCAGACCACUGCUAUACCCCAGAGCUUGAGUAAGGCAUCAGCAUCCUGCUGUUCAGUGUGUGCUUCAGCAAGGUUCCUGUUCUAUGUAUCACUGCUCCUAGCUGUAAGGACCCUGCUCUCAGCCCCUGCUGUCAAGGCCCAAAUUCUUUGAUGGCUCCUGUCAGAUCCAGCCACGGGCCACUUAAACCAUCAGCUGUUGUGUGGAAGUGAAACCUGGGCCUUAGACUUGGGGCUGAACAGGCAUCCUCAGAACCCAGGCCCUGCUUUCCAUGAUGUGUGUAUCCCACUUACCUGCUUCCCUCCCAGUUCCAGGAAGCACAAGGCAUUAUGGAGCCCACCCCACCUGAGGGACAGGCUGGCACACUGGGGGGAGCAGCCAGGCCUGGACUGAGGCCUCAGCCGUCCCUCCAAGCUCUACCACUGGGCACUAGGGGCUGCCCUACUACCUGCACCAUGGCCCGUCAGGGAGGCUGGCUGCUCCUAUACUGUCAG